CCCGGAAGUUGCGUGUCCCAUCCCCGCGCCGGCCUCCCUGACGGGGGUGAGGCCGCAGCGGACUGCCCUUUCCCAAAAUGGCGUCGAAGAUAGGUUCGAGACGGUGGAUGUUGCAGUUGAUCAUGCAGUUGGGUUCGGUGCUGCUUACACGCUGCCCCUUUUGGGGCUGCUUCAGCCAGCUCAUGCUGUACGCUGAGAGGGCCGAGGCGCGCCGAAAGCCCGACAUCCCCGUGCCCUACCUGUACUUCGAUAUGGGGGCGGCCGUGCUGUGCGCCAGCUUCAUGUCUUUUGGCGUGAAGCGCCGCUGGUUCGCGCUGGGGGCCGCGCUCCAAUUGGCCGUCAGCACCUACGCCGCCUACGUCGGGGGCUACGUCCACUACGGGGACUGGCUGAAGGUCCGUAUGUACUCUCGCACGGUUGCCAUCAUCGGCGGCUUUCUCGUGCUUGCCAGUGGCGCCGGGGAGCUGUACCGCCGGAAGCCCCGCAGCCGUUCCCUGCAGUCCACUGGCCAGGUGUUCUUGGGCAUCUACCUCAUCUGCGUGGCGUACUCGCUGCAGCACAGCAAGGAGGACCGCUUGGCCUACUUGAACCACUUUCCGGGAGGGGAGCUCAUGAUCCAGCUGUUCUUCGUGCUCUACGGCGUCCUGGCCCUGGCCUUCCUAUCAGGCUACUAUGUGACUCUGGCUGCUCAGAUCCUGGCUGUGCUGCUGCCCCCGGUCAUGCUGCUCAUCGAUGGUAACGUUGCCUACUGGCACAACACACGGCGGGUGGAGUUCUGGAACCAGAUGAAGCUCCUGGGCGAGAGUGUGGGCAUCUUCGGGGCUGCUGUCAUCCUGGCCACCGAUGGCUGAGUCUCGCCAUGAGAGGGCCUCCCUGCCUUCUUCCUGCCGGUCUAGCUGCUUUUUAUUUAUGCUUUUUGGUCUUUUUGUUGGAGCCUUUGCUUUUGUUUUGUAAUUUUCUCUUUGCGUUGUUAAGAGGCAGAUCUCCUGUCCACAUUUCUGGGUGCAGCCCUUGGGAGGGCAGAUGCCCAGGCGCCGCCGAUACCUCGCAGGGUUUCCCUGUCAGUUGGAAGGAGGGCUGGAGCCAGUUGCUCCUGAUUUCCUGUCCCUGAGAAGGGGGCAAGGCAGGGCUGGGCAUGGGCACUGUGUGGGAGACAGGAGGAAGACAGGUCGGGCUGUGCAGAUGUGAGCAGUUCCUUUGGGAACUGGCAGACGCAGCUGGGCUCUGCAGGGCUUUUCAGAGGCAGAGUGAGUGUGCGUGAGACACAUGCGUCAUGCUGCCAGCAGCGGGGCGACAGGCACCACAGACUUCCCGUGGGUUCUCAAGGGAUGCUGGGGACAGACGCAGGAGCAGCUGUCACCCGCCUUGGGAGCAGAGCAGGCCUGUCUGCCCUGGGCUGUGCAGGGGUGGGGCAGCUGGUAGCCAGCUUCCCACUUCUGCUGCCUGUCUCUUGCUACGUGGGUGGAGUGCCCACACCCCAGACCACACCAUCCUCCAGGAAUAAAUAUUUGAGAGAUA